AGGGUACCAUCUCCACGAAUCUGAAUCAUGAACUCCCACCUCCCACCAAUUGACAAUCUUUUAAAAUAUUAAACUGUUUAUAAACCCUUUAUAGACAUGAUAACCAACCGAUGUGGAAAUAUAGUGUAUUUCACGGUUCAAAUCAUCCUUUUUCAUAAGACUAUACGUUUUUUUUUGCUAAGUAUGUGAAUUUCAUUAGAAAAUGAGAGAGUUUGUUGAUACAAAAAGUUUAAGCAGAGGAAGACUACAAUUUUGAAGCAAUACAAAAGAUGAUUACUCGUGAGUCAAAAAAUGACUCACGAAGUUGCGGAAUUUUUUACGGUCCUUCUUUGCGAUGAUGACAUUUCGAACCAGUCUAUCAAUCUUCUUGAAAGUAACCAAGAGAGGGGCUGAGAUAGAGUUGUGUACUCUAUUAUUACGCUCCCACCAUAAGGAGUAGACAGUAGCAUGGGCAGCAACCCGACGGAGAGUGGGGGGGGCACACACUGUCUCGAAUACCAAGCCAGUUCAUAAACGCAGUCCAGGUGUGGAACCGGAUGGGAGCGUAUCCUAAUCGCUUAGUGAUUAAGAGCCAAAGUUGUUCGCUGUAACCACAUCUCAGGAACAGGUGAUCUCUCGUUUCCAUGUAAACAUUGCAGACACAGCAUGUGUCCACCGUGUUUACCGCCCAGAUUGCUAUAAGUGACCUCGUUGGAAGGCGAUCCAGGUGAGCCAUCCACAUCAUAAACGCAUGGCUUGGAAUUGAUCCUUUGAACCAAACAUUUUCUGUCCAUGACUGAGUGUCUCGCCGGUUUCGGAUUGAUUCCCAGGUUUGCUUAGUCCCAUACGAGGUCAACACUUCAUCAUCAACUUCAUAAGACUAUACGUGUUAACUUAUCCUUUUUAAUUAUAUUACCCAUGCCAUUCUAUAAUUGGAAACCCUAAUAUUUAUCAGAUCAUCUCAUCCUCUUCACGAUAACAACCGUUGUCAACACUCUUCUUUCCUCCAAAAGCCAGUUUGACUUCUACUUCCUGUGAACCAUCUCUCUCUGCUAUCACGUUGUAGCUGCAGCACUCAACAGAAGCAUAAGAGACGAUAUAGGGUGUUUACUCUUCGCGCACGGAACCACCUCUUAGGUUAGGGUUUUGACAUGGAAAAAUUCGGACUUCCUCUGAGUAGUACAUUCUAUUCAUGGUAAAUAUUCAAACUUGUGUAGUUUUACUUUUUUACGGAAUGUCCAAGAAAGGAAUAAUCAGUCCAUUUAAAAGGAAGACUUUUGCGUAUUUACAUAAGUAGUAAAAAUGGUAAUUCAGAACAUAACCAAUUAUGGAAAACUUCUAAAUAAAGAAUCGAAUCAAUACUAAUAGACUAGUAUAAGGAGAGCAAGAUGCAUGAAAACAAUCUAUAUCUCUGUCUGCAUAAUUCGUUUUCAUUGUUGCAACAUCAAUAUGGGAGGCACAAAACGUAAAAUAAAGAUUGAGGAGAUCGAAAAGAAGACAGUGAAAUCGGUUGCUUUCACGAAACGACGUAACGGUCUCUUCCGCAAAGCUGCUGAGCUCUGUCUUCUCUCUUCCUCUGCUCAAAUCGCAAUCUUAGCGACUCCUCCUUCUACCAAUUCUCACGCUGCUUUCUACUCCUUUGGCCACUCCUCUGUCGACCACGUUGUUUCCUCUCUGCUCAACGAUAGGUGUCCUCUUCCGACAGAACAAGAGAACAACUCAAGAUUAGGGUUUUGGUGGGAAGACGAAGGGUUUAACAGAUCGGAGAACAUAGAUGAAUUAAAAGAAGCUACUGACGCGGUUUCUAGGAUGUUGAACAAUUUAAGGCUACGAUUAGAUGCUUUGAAGAGUAAUCAAAGUGGUGGAGCUUUAGUGAUCCAUCAAGAGGAAGUUCUUCACAUUUGUGACACCGAGACAAACAACAACGAAGAGAUGACGAAUCAAAUUACUAGACUUGAAGGAGCUUCUGGAAUUUUGGUAGAGAAUGUGGAGGAUAGUCUACCUAAUGAUGGGAUUUUUGGUGAUGCCAAGAUUGAUACACUUUAAUUAGAUAAUGUUAUUUUGUUCAUCAUGUCUUGUUUAAGUUUAUAUCUAAUUAACUAGGUGUUUUGUCUGCACAUGCGGACAUAAUCUUUUUAUAAAUACUUAUUAGUUUAUGCCUUAUUAAUCUAAAAUCAGCAUAAUAUAAGUUAUUAUUUAUGUUUUCAAAAUUUUAAAUCAAACAUCAAAGUAUUUAUAUAUGUCAAAUAUUUUUCAUCAAAAAUAUACUUAUUAUUGUGUUAAUUUUCUUAAACAGUCAUCUCU